UGAGGGUAUAUAAAGACCGGUACUCGCAACGACCGGCAUAGUUGAAUUCGAAACUGCAAACAAAGCGUAGCGUUGAAUAAGCGCACAAAAACUAAAUAAUAUACAUACAAUACAAAAGCUAAACAAGCUAACGUUCUUAAGGUACCGUGUAUAAGUGAAAGCAAAGAAACAUAAGUUAGAAUGGCGAACCUACCAUUGCUCUUGAGUUUGGCUGACGAUUUAAGCCGCCUAACACCUUUCUACGAACCGGUGUUCUACACACGUUGGCCUGCGAUCACCACUUCGCCCAGUGGUCAAUUAAGGAAAUUCGAAAGGGAUCUGCCUAUUGCCUCGGUGGGAAAAGAUGGUUUUCAAGCCAGUAUGAAUGUGCAGCAGUUUAAGCCAAGUGAGCUGAGCGUUAAAGUAGUUGACAACCACGUCGUGGUGGAGGGUAAACACGAGGAGCGGGCAGAUGACCAAGGGUAUAUUUCUCGACAUUUCGUUCGUCGCUAUGCACUGCCCAAAGGCUUCGAUGCUGGUAAAGUAGUUUCAACUCUAUCAUCGGAUGGCGUGCUAACGGUCAGUGUACCAAAACCUGCCAUAGAGGACAAGUCCAACGAACGAGUGAUUCAAAUUCAACAGACUGGUCCAGCACACUUGAACGUGAAGGAAAAUCCUAAAGAUAACACAGAAGAAGAGAAACCAAGUGCGUAAAAUCUCAUAGAAACCACUGUGCCAUUACAUCAAUUCAUUGUUUAUUUUCUUGAAAUACAUUGCUCUAAAUUGUUAA